UAUGAACGUUUUCUAUGAUUGUAUCCGUUCAAUUUUUGAAAAAUAAAAAAAUAAUCACCAGAAACCUUAAUUCCAUUUCCUGCGCAAAACAUUCUCCCUUUACGUUGAACAUUAGUAUGAGCCAGGCAGAUCCAUCGCCAUCGCCAUGGGUAAUCGCUGCUAGCGGCGGCGACACCGUGAAGCUUUUCGAUACUAAACUCCAACCUAACGAUCCCUGCGUUUUGAGCUAUACCCCCUCUCCGGGUUGCCAAGUGAAUUCAGUCAAGUGGAAUCACACUAAUUUAGUGGUCGCAAGUGCUGGAGAUGAUAAGAAGAUUUCGCUAUGGCGGAAAAGUGGGCAGAGCAUGGGGACAGUUCCAGUUGCUGGGACUGAUAUUGUGGACGGCAUUGAGGAAUCCAUUUUGGCUAUCAGCUUUAGCAACAAGGGAUCCAGAUACAUAUGUUCUGGGGGAAGUGGUCAAGUUGUAAGAAUAUGGGAUUUGCAAAGGAAGCGUUGCAUCAAAUGGUUGAGGGGUCAUACCAAUACAAUAACGGGUGCAAUGUACAACUCCAAGGAUGAACACUUAGCUUCCAUAAGUCUAAGUGGGGAUCUCAUUCUUCACAACCUCGCAUCUGGAGCAAGGGCUGCUGAACUCAAAGACCCCAAUCAACAGGUACUGAGGGUUCUUGAUUAUUCACGGAUUAGUAGGCAUCUUUUGGUGACUGCAGGUGAUGAUGGAACCAUAAAUUUGUGGGAUACAACUGGUCGUAGCCCAAAGGUUUCCUGGUUGAAACAACAUUCUGCUCCAACUGCUGGUGUUAGCUUCUCACCAUCCAAUGAUAAGAUGAUUGCAAGUGUUGGACUGGACAAAAAGUUGUACACUUUUGACUAUAGGUCUAGGAGACCUGCAUCUUUCACUUCGUAUGAGGUGCCUUUCUCUUCAUUGGCAUUUAGAGAUGAUGGUUGGACAAUGGCUGCUGGAACCAGUAAUGGUAGAGUGGUGCUCUAUGAUGUACGUGCAAAAUUACAACCUCUUACUGUGCUACAUGCCUACAGUAGUUCAGAGGCUGUCACAAAUUUAUGUUGGCAAAGAUCAAAACCAGUAAUUGUUAAUGAGAGCACUUGCACUGCUGAGACUGCUCUUCUAGGAGGUGCAGUUGAAGACUCAAUUCUUAUGCCAGAUCCUCUUCCCUCUCUGACCUCAUCAAACCUUUCACUGUCCACAGCUAUAUCUAGUUCUCAUCUUAGUGGUCAAUCAGCUUCUGGUGAAUUAUCUUCUCUUACAACCAGUAGUAGUGGAUUUUCAAGCAUUUUCAGUUCAUCUGCAACAGAGGAAACACCACAGCGAAGUCAUGUAUUGCUGGAUGGAAAACUUGCAAGAUUAAAAGCUCCUCAUACUUCUUAUAAUUUCAAAGAUGAUAUGGAUGUGUUUUCGCCUCUUGUGAAUGUUGAACCUAUUACACCUUCUAUGUGGGAUGAUCCUGAAGAAGCAAAGAAAGAUCAUCUAGCCUUUGAUAAGAAGCCUUCAUCGCUAUUUUUUCCUUCAGCUAGUAGAAGGUUCCUUGCAGAAGAUGGUGCUAGUGAUCACCCAAUAUCUGAUUGGAAAUCUAGUUCAGCAUCUACUCAGUAUGAUACCCUGCCAUCAUUUAGGAUAUUAGGUUCUACUCCUGUCCCAUCUUCCAAGAGUGAAGUCCCCUCUAUCACUCCUCGAGAAGCUUGGGGUGGCCUUCGUCACGGGCCAUCCCGUUUGGGAAUGUUGACUUCUGGUGCACUGACAUCAAGUUCCAUGUUUUCUGGAACACGAGAUCUGUCAUCAUCACUGAGUCAGAUGAGUAUGAGCUCAUUGACGAGUUCUAACUUGAGCUAUGAAAACUUCCUCACCAAAGAUGUCUCUGCAAAUCAGGAGACUUCAUUGGGACCUCCUGAACAUUUCUCUAGAUCCAUGUCUUUUUCACUAGGUACAAAAGGCACCAUGGGAGCAGUUAACCUUGACUCGCCAAGACUGGCAUCUAUAAAUCGAAGAUUUUCAAAUUUUUCUGAGAGAAUUUGCACUACUUCUGCCUUCAGUGAUGGAACAUCCCAUUUGGUGGCUUCACCCAAAACGAAGAAGACUGGGGUUGAAACCAGUGGAGAACUUUUAAAUAGCUUGUUAUCAAGGUCUGACACUUCAGCUGCAACAGAAUCAGGAACCUUUCCUGCUGUGAACGAAGGAAACCUGCAAACCCAAAAGGCCCUUCAGUCAGACCCUCCUCAGCAAGGAAGCAACUUCACAGUACAGCUCUUUCAACAUACUCUUGAAGAAACACUGGAUACAUUUCAGAAAUCAAGUCAUGAAGAUGUGAGGAACCUUCAUAUCGAGAUCAUAAGACAAUCCCACAUGCAAUCGGUGGAAACCACAAGUCUACUAACUACCAUAUUAGAGAACCAAGCUGAGCUGAUGAAAGAAGUUAAGUCUCUCCGCCAAGAAAUUCACCAAAUUCGCCAAUUGCUAUGAGCACCUGCAAAGUUUGUAUUUAUCACAAUCAUUUUCCAAAGGUCUUUCUUUCAGUUUGCUAUUUUGAUUUUUACUGAUUUUUGUUCUUGACAAAUAAAAUUGCUUCUGAGAAAUUAAUGCGCAGAAGAGGGUAAUAUAAUUGAGAAGAUAUAUAUAUAUUUUCAAAAAAAUGAGAGUUAGAACAUAGGUGUCUGUUCAGGGAUUGCAUUUUCCAACUUGUAUAGAAGUGGUUAUCUUUUAAUGCAGCUACGGAGUUCCAUUUUUAUGUUCAAAGUCAAGCCAUAACUGGGUGUUCUUACUUUUUUGCUGUUGUAAAGGUUGUCAUUACACCCAACCUCUGGAAUAGAAUUUUUUUGUAAAU